GACUGUGGUGUUUCGUGGAGGAGGUGGGAGAAGAGGUGGAGGAGGGAGAACUGAGGGGACAGCUGGACAGAUGGAGGACGGCACCCAACAACUGGGACACUGCAUGGUUGACAUGAAGGAGUUGAGUGCCAACCCUGAAGGACUGACCGCUGCCGGUGUUUUUCUAACACCCAAACGGCCUCAGGUGGAGUUCAGCCUUGCCUGCAAUGAUCUGGUGGCCUCAGGCAGAGACAGGAAGCCCAAUGCGUUGGUCCAGGUGGCUGUCAUAGAUCCCCACAAGCAGCAUCUUGUCUCUCAUGCCUGCACAGAGAUAGUGGAGGCGAACAAAGACCCGCUGUUUCUGACAGGGGUGACCUUCCCUUCAGAGUAUCCUGGUAGCCCGGAGACACUGGUCAAGCUAAGUGUGUAUGAUGCAAAGGACAAGAGCCAGGAAUCAAGCAGCUUCCUGGGUUGUGCCACAUUUUCUGUAGGCGAUCUGCUGAGGGCUAAAGAUGAACGACUGACCUUAAGUCUCAGAUCGUCUGAUGGUGUGUGCGCAGCGGGUACGGUGGUGGUAAGUCGUCUGAAGAUGGGGGAGAUGGAGGAGGUUGACGUAGACCACAUCACCACUGACAUACCAUCACACAAGUGUCCCUUGGUUUGUGAGUCUGCAUCCCACGUCUGCAUCGACAGAGAAAAUAACCCACUGACAGGGCCAGUGUUCAAGAACCCAAUAUGCAAGGUGUACAGAUUUCAAACAGUGGACAGCAAAUGGAUGCUUGUGCGGGAACAAAUGGAGGAGUGCACAUUGUCCUUUAGCAUCCCCAAACAGCUGCUCUCACUGUAUAUUCAGGAGGACCUAAGCAGGGUGCAGGACCUGAAGGAGCUGGGGGAGCUUUCUCCUCACUGGGACAACUUAAGAAAAGAGGUGAUGACACGAUACGGAGGAAUCAUCAGCUCCUACCAAGAGACUUUGGCUGAACUGGACAAGAUUACGGGUCAUUCUUUCAAGCCAAGCUGCUGCAAAGCCCAGAAAUCUCUGGAGUUCAUCCCAAUAAACUUGCACACCCAGCGGAUGAGGGUGACGUGCCCCAGAAAAACAGAUGCAUUCUAUGAUGUUGUCACUGUCGGUGCCCCUGCUGCCCAUUUCCAGGGGUUCAAGUGUGGUGGUCUGCAGCGUCUCCUUAGCAGAUAUGAAGCAGAGAAAAAGAGCUUCAGCACUGCCUACCAGUGUAUCUACUACUCCCCAGAGCACACAGCCAAAGCUCAGGAGGUACUCAGCACCGUGAGCCUCCUCCAGCCCCUCAUCACAAGCUUAGCGGACCAGCUCCUCCAGGCUGCCCAGGAGCACUCUUCCCCUGGACUGAGGGAUGCACUCAAGAACCUUUCUGACAAGACAGAACAAUUUGUUCACACGCUUAAGGAUGAAUUGGUCAAGAGUGCACUACUGGCACUGCAUGCAGCGCAGCCCGGAUACAUUUCCAAGAACCAGAAGCAAACCCCGGUGCAGGGAGGCCAACACCAAGGCCACAUCCACCAGGGCAGUGACCAGAAUCAGAGCCCAGUCCAGGGACUUCCAGGCCACAGUCCAGCCACGUCCAUCACUGACAGCACAGCAGUGUGUAAUAACGUGGAAGGAUCCCAAACCACAAAUAGAGGCGAAGGUGGGCCGCUGAAGCACCAAGACUCCAUACCACACCAUAAAGAGUAUGACGAGGAGGAAUGGGACAGGGUGUGGGCCAACGUUGCCAAAUGUCUCAACUGUGUAAUCGCCAUGGUGGACAAACUCCAGGAAGAAGACAACAACAAGCAGGAGCCAGUCCCUGAGCAGCAGCUCGCUGAUGUCAUCACCUCACACAACCCGGGUGACUGGAGGGAGCAGCUGCGUCCUCUGGUGACCAGGUUAAAGGAGUGUGUGAUGGAGGUGGUGGAGAAGGCAAAGAGAGCCAUGACUUUUGUGCUCCUGCAGGAGGCAGCCUGCAGCAUUCCACAGGGCUUCCUCCUCCAACAGAGGCGAGAUGUGGUCUUCAGUCAAGCACUGGCAGCGUUAGCCUGUGGUUUUAUCAUGAGGCUGUAUGCAGGAAUGCAGGACCAAGGCUUCCUGAGGCAGCUCCACCUUGUUGGCCUGAUUGCCCAAUUUGAGAGUCUGCUCAGCACCUACAGUGAGGAGAUCGGGAUGCUGGAGGACAUGGAGGUUGGAAUCUCAGACCUGCAGAGAGUCACGUUCCAGAUUACAAAAGCCAAGACAGAUGAUCUUAGUGACCUCCAGCCUUUAGUUUGUGGCCGGCGAGACCACUUCACAGUAGAAGUGCCAUUACCACGAGUGGUUUUCCAGACCUUGCCAGAGGAGAUCAAGGAGGGCAAGCCUCUACGAGUAUUCCCGGUGCUUUUUAACGUGGGCAUCAAUGAACAGCAAACAAUAGCAGAGAGGUUUGGAGAUAUCUCUCUACAAGAAAGAAUAAACCAGAGGAACUUUGAGAUGUUAGAAGCCUAUUACAAAUCAUUAAGUGAACAGGUGCCACUAGAAUGUCUACCAUGUUUUCAGACACCAACUGACAUAAAGGAAUUACUUGAAACCCUGGGCCAGAAUGUAGUUACAAAGAAGAGAAAGAAUGUGGAGAUACUGUGGAUUGCUGGAACAAUCUGCCGAAGGUUAAAUGGCAUCAGGUUUACCAGCUGUAAAAGUGCCAAAGACCGGACAUCCAUGUCUGUCACAUUAGAGCAGUGUGCCCUCCUACGUGACGAACACCAGCUCAGCAAGGAUUUCUUCAUCCGUGCUCUGGACUGUAUGCGGAGAGAAGGAUGUCGGAUUGAGAACGUUCAAAAGAAUAUUAAAUGCAGGAAAUACGCCUUCAACAUGUUGCAGCUGAUGGCCUUUCCCAAGUGCUACCGACCACCAGAGGGAACUUACGGCAAAGUUGACUCUUGAGGACGUAAGCCAUGUACUGUAAAACCAGUCAUUGUGUGUUACCCAAGUAGUAACUAUGAAAGCUUAUACAUUAUGGUUAAAAUGUUUUAUUGUUGUUUAUUGUAACCAAAAUGACUUGCUGGAUUUUGUUUAUAGUGUGUGUUCAUCGAUUCCCAAGCUGGAUUUGCCAAACGUGUUAUUGUAAAAUUCAUGCACUUUCCAAGUAUUGCCUUGUUUAUUUUUUCAUGGCCUAAGCAGUGCAACUGUGUUGGCAAACCACAGUUUGAAUGUUUGUGUGGCUGUGCAGUAUGUUAAUGAUUUGUUUUAAGACGUUAAGCAGUUCAACCUGCAUUUGUGUGAAUGAAGAAUUGUGUGUGUGUGUGAUAGAGAGAGAGAGACAACAGUAUUAACUAAAAGGUUCACUUACUACCUUUUCUGAGCUAUUUUAGAGGUGAUUCAGUAAAAACUUUGAGUUGAGAGUAUUUUUGUUUGUUAAAUAUGCUGUUCCCAAGGUUGAGAAUAAACUUACAUGCUACAGUGAUUUUUGUGGUAUAAACCCCUCUCUACAAUGACUUGGAAACAAACUGCAGUUCUUGAUCAGCUGAUCUGUACAUUUUUAUGGCAUCACAUAUUCAGGUCUAAACUUUUCCUAUAUUGUUUUUGACUGUUGCAGACAUAUUUUCAUUAAUUUGUAAUAAGUAACAUACCAGUAUUUCAAUGCAUAUGUUGAAUCCUGUUUUCUAACUCAUUCCAUUCUCUUAAUGGUUGCACUUAAUCUUUUUCCAUAAUCUUUUUAUAUCUCAAGGUACAGGCCAGUGAAUCCACAUGAAGUACAGUUGGAAGUUGGAAUAAAAUUAGAAUAUUGGACCAUCAUUUCUGAAUGCUAUAUAUAAAAUUCAAAUAUUUAUUUUUGUAUUCUUAAACAAUUUUCUUUUAUUCUAAGGGUUGAUACCUUGGACCUUAAUGCGUGUUUGAAAUGUAUUUGUUGUGUUGUACAUUGGACAUUUACAAUUGUCUAUUUGAAAUAAAAUAAUGGAUUGAUGUGGAUAUUUGUGAUUGUAUGAUGAUAUGUGUUCAAUUUCAAAGGUGUGUAUUUAAUUGAACAAGUAAACUACUACAGUUAAAUUAGUCAUGAUUGAUCAAUUCAUCAUUAUUUAAUCCAUGUGUUGUAUUAAAAACAUUACCAACUAGCAAGAUAUACAGUAUUCAAUUAAAACUAACACUCAAAGGGAUGAGAAGAUUGUU